AUAGUAUAGACCAGAACGUUGAUACGGGAAGGUGACACAGGAUUGUUCGAUGGGAAUUAACAAAAAACAACCAAAAUUUGUGCUUAUAUUGUAAAAACUGUAUACUCGAUUGGAUUCAAGAGUGCAUAUAAUUUCUCUAAAGAAGUAUCAAAGAAUAGAACAAGUAAUUGUGCCUUCAACGUGAAAUUUUGGAACAAAUGAAAAAUAUCCUUAACUUCAGCUGUCACUUUUGUGAAUUUCCCACCUUCAGGCGCAUGUUCUGAGAGAACGUGAGCAUCAUUAGUAGAUUUGGAAUAAAUAUACAAAAUCCGAUGUGUGUACCAAAUAUUUAUAUUGAUAAGAAUCGUUGUUUAUCGCUUAAUUUUUGGUGUACAAUCUGUGAAUUGCAAAUAAACACAUUUAUCCGGCACAAUCAAAGCGGAAUCACGCGUGCUUUAUAAUGUGAUGAUGCUGACUGUUGGAAUUAUAUGUGAACUAUUUUGAUGACAUUGUUCGAAAUCAAAAAAUGAGCAUGUCACUGGUAGAUAACACAACAAACCUUGAUGGUAAUCAAAACUCCAAUCUUUCAUUAGAAAAAAAGAAAAUGAAGCAUUAUGAUCCAGUGAAUGGAUUUGCUUUCGCAUGUGACAAAGAAGAAAUUGUAAAUGAUUCUGCCAAAUCAAUAGAAAAUGUAGAAGAAUCAAGCAGUAGUAAAAAAGGCUCCGUGUUUGAUGAAAAAGGUAAAUCUGUUGUCGUUAAUUUUACACCCGGUACAACAGCGAAGACCUCGAUUCAGCAACAAUACAUGGGCAAGAUGCCCAUUUGGAGCAUACCAACUCACUACAAUAAACUAUGGAUUGUUUUUAUAAGCUCAAUGCUUAUAUCAACUGGUAUACUGAUUGGAUUCAUAAUCACAUAUACAGUGUGUAAAACAUACAAAUGUGAUUCUGAAGAUUUCAAUAAUGACCUUUCUACUGUUGGAAAGAUUCCCUACAGACCAGUAUGUCUAGCUGAAGAAUGUGUUAGAACAGCAUCUUCAUUACUAGCGGCCAUGGAUCGUUCAGUGGAUCCUUGUGUAGAUUUUUUUCAAUUUGCUUGUGGAACUUGGAAUAAAAAGCAUGUGAUUCCAGAAGAUAGAAGCUCUAUUAGCACCUUUGAGGUCCUCGCAGAUCAGCAGCAAGUUAUACUCAAAGGUGUUCUAGAGGAAACAAUCGAUUCACGGGAUAAUCAAGCAACAAUAAAGGCGAAACUUUUCUACAAAAGUUGCAUGGAUCUACAACAAAUUCGAAAAACUGGAAUUAAACCAUUGCGUCAGGUUCUUAAAACACUUGGAGGUUGGCCAGUUAUUGAAAAACAAUGGAUUCCUCCAAACACAAGCGUUGAACAUCUUCUUGGGCUGCUCAGGGGAGUUUAUAGCGAACCGGUUUUGGUAGAACUUUAUGUUGGCGCAGACGAUAAAAAUUCUUCCGUGAACAUAUUGCAGAUUGAUCAACUUGUUUUAGCUCUCCCCUCAAGGGACUAUUAUUUGAAAAAGAGCAGUGCAGGAGACCUUAAAGCAUAUCAUCACUAUAUGACGCAAAUAGCAAUUCUGCUGGGGGCUGAUCAAAAAACAGCUACUAAGGAAUUAUUAGAUGUGGUUAAUUUUGAAGUUCGUUUGGCUAAUGCAUCACUUCCUGAAGCGGAUAGGCACGACACAAGUGCAAUUUAUAAAAAAAUAACACUGCAACAAUUACAAAAUGAAGUGCCACAAAUCAACUGGGAAGAAUAUUUACAGAGUACUCUAGGGAAUGUUAAAUUGGAAAAAAAUGAAUCUAUAGUUAGUUAUGCAAUGCCGUAUUUGGUGGAAAUGGGUCGAAUACUAAAUGAAACCGACAAGCGAACAAUUCAUAACUACGCCAUCUGGAGAUUCGUGAUGUCUAUGAUGACUCACAUGAUCGACGAUUAUCAGAAAGAGAGAGUGGAGUUUCGAAAAAUCCUGCUCGGGAUUCAAUCUGAACGCCAUCGGUGGUCGCAAUGUGUAGAAUGGACGAAUAAAAAGUUAGGUAUGGCAGUCGGCGCAUUGUUCAUACGUGACAAUUUCAAUCAAGAAAGUAAAGAAACUGCAUUGGAAAUGAUUCAUACAAUAAGGGAAGCGUUUAAUGAACUUUUGGCGGACAUUCACUGGAUGGAUAAUGAAACGAGAGCUGUAGCCAAAGAAAAGGCAAAUGCCAUGAAUGAAAGAAUAGGAUAUCCAGAAAUUUUGACAAAUCCAGAAGAUUUGGAAAAGGAAUAUGUAAAUCUCACUAUUUUCAAGGACCAUUUUAUAAACAAUAUCCUCAAUAUUUUGCAAUGGGAUGCAGAACGGAACCUCCAGUUGCUCAGAAAACCAGUUGAUAAAGAUAAAUGGGCAACAGAACCAGCAGUUGUAAACGCAUUCUACAAUCCAAACAAAAACGAUAUAGUUUUUCCAGCUGGUAUUCUUCAGCCAUUAUUUUACAGCCAACAUUUCCCCAAAUCUUUGAAUUACGGUGGCAUUGGAGUUGUUAUUGGACAUGAAAUUACGCACGGUUUUGAUGAUAAGGGACGACAAUUUGAUAAAGAUGGCAAUAUGAUGCAAUGGUGGAAUAAUUCUACGAUUAAAUCAUUCAGAGAAAGAGCCCAAUGUAUAAUUGAUCAGUACUCCAAGUAUAAAAUAAAUGAGGUUAAUUUAUUCAUGAAUGGAAGGAUGACACAGGGAGAAAAUAUUGCUGAUAACGGUGGCCUCAAGCAAUCUUUUAGAGCAUAUCGAAAAUGGGUGAGCAUACAUGGACCGGAGCUGGAACUCCCAGGAAUGAACAUGACACAUGAUCAGCUAUUUUUCCUGAACUAUGCACAAAUAUGGUGUGGUUCAAUGCGACCUGAAGAUGCUCUUACAAAGAUUCGAUCAUCGGUACAUUCACCAGGUAUCAUCAGAGUUAUUGGCCCGCUUUCGAACUCCAAGGAUUUCGCUGAUGCUUAUAAUUGUCCAUUGGGUUCUCCAAUGAAUCCUAACAACAAAUGUAGCGUUUGGUGAGCAAUUGUUAGGCGUUAAGGUUAACAACUGUUCUGACGUAAGGUUCUAAGGUACAUUCUAAGAACAAAAAAAAACAGAUUAAAGAUAAACUCCAAAAUAAUAUUACAAACGAGUGGAUGUAAAUCGAGGAGAACAAACUUUAGUGUUAUGUUUUUGUAUAAAUAACGCCUUAUGUACACUGUAUAUGAAUGAACAUGUAAUUUGGGAACAAGUUGAAUACUCUCUUCGGAAUCGGAGUGUUUUUGUGGACAUUGUCUAAUAAAUGUUUCGUUUUUAUACGCACGUUGACACACAAUACAAAUUUAAAAUAUAACAUUCUAAACAGAAAUGAAAUCCAUUAAAUUAUUGUCCUGAUUGAUGUGCAUUGUUAUACAUUCUUUUAUAAUGUUUUUAGGAAAAUACUCAAAGCUACUAUACUACAUUUUAUGCGAUGUAUUAAUAAAAACUGUAAGGUGCAUGAUGAAGAAAAUCUCAAAAGAAUUAAAUAUGUUUUAAAUCUAAAGAUUAUGGAAAAAAAACUUUAUUCCAAUGGUAUUUGGAGCAUAACGGCUUAAGUUAAGGAAAUCUAUAUCGAGAUUUAUAAUGCUAGGGUUGAUAGUAUGACAUUUAUUGAAUUAUUAUUCUCUUGUAUUUCAUCAAAGUAGAGUAUAGCUCAAUCAUAUGAACUCAACUGAAAUAUAAUAAGACAUACAAAUAUUACAACCAUUUGCAAACGAAAAUUAAUUUUGCAAUUGUAAUAACUUAGUUUUAUUAUUUGUUUUAUUUGUUUUAUUUUUGUUUUUCUCGGGCAUUGAAUUAAAAAAGAAAAUUUGAAAUUUUUAUCGGUUAACAUUAUUGAUUUAAAAAAGAAUAGUUUUUAAAUCAGUUUGUGAUUAUUUGGGCACACUUUUUCCGGUAUUCAUCCCGGAAUUUAGACUUCAGCUUUGUCAUUUUUAAUGGUUUUGAGAUAAAAAUUUAAUCUGUUUAAAGUAUACCUUUGACCUGAUGUUUUUACAGCAAAUCCAUGGAAUAGUAUAGUAACGAUAACCAAAACUAUAAUUUCGCAGACAACAAGAACGGGUUAUGAUAAAAAAAUGUUUAUAAUCAACAAAUCAACUUCAUAAACUUUAUUAUUGAAUUUUAAACAUGAUUAGUUCACGGCAAUCAUUCAUGGAAAGCAUGUCUUGCUUGCGCGUCUAAAAAUUUUAUACAACCUUUAGAGAAUGAUUUGUUAAUUGAACUUCGAGUACAACAAAAACUAUCUUUCUGGAGUAAAACAACCAAUCCAUGCGAAAAAUUCACAUUCAAAUAGAUAGGUUAUUGCUAUUUUUCUAUUAACAAUAACAAAAGUUGAUCAGCAAAAAACUUUAACUAUUGUGUUAUAUUUAAUGUCAUUUCAUUUUCAUAACUAUUAUUUAUAACAGUCAUUAGGUAAAGCACCCAUGUCCUAAUUCGUCUAAAAAAUGUAAAAUAUCUAAGAUCAUCAAAAAGUAAUUCAAUGAACAUUAUAAAAAUAAUGAACGUGAACUUUCUCAGAGGUUAGAGAACAUGAGUUUUGAUAAAAAACAUCAACAAACGUGAAAUAUAAUUCCAUAUAAACUUCUUACUAUUGGUUAAAUUUUGGCUCUCGGCGUCGUAAUUGUGAUCUAAGCUAAAAUUAUUUGUUGGUUGGAAUAUCGAAGAAAUACUUUAUUAGAAUCAUAAAUAUAUGAAUAAUUGUAUAAUUGAAAUUAAAUAAUGUUUUCUAAGAAAUAAAAUUUAUAAAUAUGAAACAAAACAAGUGCAUUAUAAAGAUUGCAAAAAUAAACGUUUAUAAUUAAAAGAAUACUAAUAUAAUUUGUUGCUUCUGUGAACUAUCAAAGAUUUAUAUCUCAAAUAUUUAUCCUCUAACGUACAAAAAAAAUCAUUCUUACAAACUUAUAACUCAAUAAAUU